CACGUGGUGCGCGCGGGCGGCAGGGCGGGCUGCGUGCUGUUUAGAGGCCUGGCGCCGCGGGCUCCAGUCACCACCGGGCGCCAACCGCCGCCGUUUGCCGCCCACCCGCGAUUGAUGAGAGGAAAAGCGGGAGAGGGACAACCCCAACAGCCUCCCAGCGACACGGAGAGGAGAGGGAAAUGGGGGCGGCGUGAGGGAAUGUUUUCCCGAGGCUACGUGCGCUUUCCCACCUGAGGAUGAGGGGCUUUCAAAGCCCCAGGGGUGGUGGCUGAGCCCGAGUUAACAGCCCCAUUCCUGCAGCGUUAAACCCUGGUGGCCGUGUGCUGAGAUGCCCCUCGGCGGAUGGGGGAAGUGGGAGCUGCUGGCUUAGGACGGGACCCUGGAGUCUCCCCUCUCCCGGCCAGUAUGGAGGAAGAGUCGGCUGAAGGCAGCGGUGGUGCAGGUCGCAGGGUGGGAGGCGAUGGCAUGUUCUCCCCUCCGUCAAGCCUCAAGUCUGGGGGGAUCAAAGUGUCCCUGAAGAAGUGGAGCAUAUGGGACAAGUUCUAUAAUUUGGGCACCGAAAUGAGAAUGUCCAAGAGGGGCAGGUUCAUGUUCCCGUACUGUGAAUAUUCUGUUUCGGGGCUGGAUCCCGAUCGAAACUACAUCAUGGCCAUGGAUAUCAGUCCAGUGGACACUUUCCGCUACAGAUACAAUGGGUGCAAGUGGCAGAUCAACGGCAAAGCCACGGCGCAUGUGAUCGGCAGGCUUUACUUCCAUCCCAACGGCAGCGUCUGCGGCAGGGAGUGGAUGGCCAAGCCGAUGUCCUUUGCCAAACUGAGGCUCACGAACUGCCCUUCUGCGGAGGAAGGUCAUGCAAUCCUCCACUCAAUGCAUCGUUACGUCCCCCAGUUGCACAUCAUCGUCGCCGACGGGAUUGUCGACCAACAAGACUUGAACGAUCGCAGGGUUUACGCGUUUAUCUUUCAACAGACGGAGUUCUUUGCCGUGACCAAGUAUGAGAAUAAAUUUAUCAGGCAGCUGAAACACUUCUAUAAUCCAUACGGGACCGCACUGCGGGAUGUGAAGGCGUGCAAACAGGGCGGUGUAACCAACCGAAGGGCUAGAAAACAAAAUGACAAAAUCAACCCUUUCCGAGACUGUGAAGCCAAAAUCCAAGAUUCCUUGAAACGUGAAGAGUCAAUGAAGGGAUUGAAGGACAUUGUUCCUCUAGAAGAUUGUUCUGCCAAAAUAGAGGAUGCUAUAAACAAUCAAGGGCCUAGGAAAACGUUCCCAAAAAUCAUGCCGUUCGAAAACGCAGUCAAUGUAACGCAGACGUUUAGUUUCGAAGCUGGGAUAAAGCUAGAUGAGCUGAAGCCUGAUGAAUGGCUGAGCCUGAAGUAUUCGGAAAUGCUUCCCGGGGGGCAAGAUCCCCAAUCGUUACAAAGCGAGUCCCAUGGAAUUCGAGACACUGGGAUUCCGUUUGUCUCCAGGACGGGGAAAACCAACGAUCUGACCAAGAUUAAGGGCUGGAAGAACAAGUUUAAUCUGCAGUCGGGAUCCUCGGACGACAAGACCAGCCCACCACCUGCGAGUGCGAGUUGCCCUGCGGCCAUUAAGAACCGUUCGGCAUUCGUCAGUGACUUGCUGGAUGAAUAUCUGGAAAAAGAAGGGAAGAUCAUUGAGCAGCAAGGUCUGCUGCACGAGUAUGAGAACUCUGAGAUCGAACCGCCGACUCUUAAACCGGAAGGCCAGAGACAUGUUACCUUUUCCCCUGAAGCGACUAAACCGAGGAGCAGGAAAGCCUUGAACGUGGAAAUGUCUCCCGUGCUGGAGAAACACUUCAGGGUUACAAACAAAGGGAUCUUUAUCAGAGACAUCAGGGGGGCCGGAACGGGCAAGAAGGUCAGGCGACCGGGCCCAAAGAGGGGCAACUCGGUCGGGAGAAGGUCCAAAACAUCCCGUCAGCCUGGCGAGGCGUUGGGAAAGAGUGAGGAGGCCAAGCUGGGCAAUGCACAUACCACCUCCUCCCCCAAGAAGCUCUCCUCGUCACCGAGCCUUAAGAUAAUCCAGGCAGAGCCAGGACCCAGAGGUGGCAAAGGACCUGUUAUUCCCGGAAAUCAAACGGCAGCUACGUUCAAUUCAGGCUACACGAGCGCCGAGGAGGAAGAACCUCAAACGCUGAACCGCAGCGGUGGGGAUUCGGAAGCCCAGACCCCGGUCGAGGCCUCCUCCCGGCUCCAGUUACCCCCCGCGACGAACCGCUCGGCCGGCUCCAAGACCGUGGAGAUCGUGUCCUACUGCUCCUGGAGCCAGAGCCGGGUGAGGAUCAUCAAACUGAUCGCCGAACACACCAUGGCCAACCGGCUGCCCUGCACCCAGCAGCUGGGCUGUUAUAGCGUGCGGCUGGAGAGGGGGGAGGUUCUGGGGUCCGGCCCCACCCUGGCCCGCGAGGCCCCACCCAGGAGAGUGGUCCACGCCAGAGUCACCAUCAGGAACGCGGAGAGCGUGUUGGAGAAGCCCACGGUCCAGACUAUGGUGAUCGAGGCCAUGGUCGGCACCUCUGCCUUCAGGACAAAACUUAACCACUUGAUAUCAAAGGUUUCUAAGAACAGCUCGGAGCAGGUUAACAUGGAGCCGAUCCGUUCACCCAUUCAAGUCGUCAUGAAUUCAGAGAAAGCUGCUCCUUCUUCAGUCUACUCUCCCAGCGAAACCAGUUGUCCCACUAACCAGUUAAGCAGACUGAUCGCACAGGAUAGAGACAAGGUGCUUCCCACGACUCCGACCCAGCGACGAGAGCUUCCUUUACUGGUCCACACGACGGGAAGAGAAACGCCCAAGAUUCCUCCCUCCUGCAUUAGAUCGACUGCGGCCGCCACAUUCCAGAGAAUCGGCACCUCCUGCGCCUUAGUAAACAGCGAUAUCAUUCCAAGCUCCGCGAUUCCCGUUUCAUCUCAAAGCCAAGCUGACACCUCUUCCACUCCUUCUGCUCCUAAUCUGCUCGGUGACUCCAUUUCACCCGGGUUGCUUACAGGGUCAGCUGAAGUGCUGGAUCGGGAUGGACGUCGCUUCUGUGUGGCCAUCCCAAAGGCCUUGAAGCUACAGCCGGGAGACAACUUGCUGCUGCAGCCCUACACAGCUUCUGAUGGACGCCAACUGUACAAGCAUUCCAGCGGCAAGUUAUUCCAGUUAGUGUGCGCAAAGGCCCCGGAACAGACAGAACAAGCCGGUGGUCCGGACCACAUUCCAGAAACGUCGCCACUGGUCGAUGCCCACACGCCCACCAUCUCUGCUUCGACGAAUUGUGCGAAUGGGCUUCAUGCUGCCACGGGUGCUAAAACCUUCCAUACGUCCCACUCUUUCCCCGACGGUGGUUCCUCCGAACCGCCGGGCGUUGCAGAGCCCCUGUAUAAAAUCGUCACGUUAAAUCCCAAACCGUACCCGAGCCCGAGCAGCCUUCCCGCUUGGAAAUCUCCGGACGCGACUCCCAACUCCCUCGACGGGUUUCCCCACAUCACCUCCUCGCUGCAGGCCACCCGGCUUCCCAACGGGGCGGGCGAAAGCGUUCCGUUAGCCGAGCAGCGGGCAAAUCAGCAGAGCAGACAGCCCGGGACGCAGGCCCAGGUCUCCAGGUUCCCGGGGCUGCUCAAAUCCGGUCAAAGCCUCGGGAAUUGGAACCAAGAAUCCGAGAUGGAGGGCUCGCUGGUGGCAGCCAUGGCUGAGGAGCGGGGCGGAAGGACAGAGACUCGCGUUGAACGCGACCCCAGUCCCAACAAUGAGAUGAUCGCUGUCAAGAAGGACAUCUCAGAGAUCAGUGCCCACCGGCAACUUGACCCCCACGGCCCAGAAAUCUGCACCGUCACCAUCAAGGAGGAGCCUGUGGAGGAGGAGGAAGAUGCCUUCGCCUUUGGGGGCUCGGAUUUCCGCACCCGUUCGGGUUUUAACUUCAAUGUGAGACCGGGAGCGCCGAAGCCCUGGAUGUCUUGGGAAAGCUUUUAUGGGUCACAAGGUCUCAAGCUACCAUCUAAAAGGAAGGUGCGAGGGGUGAGUGAGCAAGGCAGAGCCAGGAAGAACGCGAUGUUACACAACCUGCGAGAGCGGGAAUCCCGGCGGAUGAUGGAGCACCGCUUUAAAACUCUGAAGAAAAAGCUCUUCGAUGAGCAGCAAACCGCUUCCAAGGGCGCCAUUCUGGAUGAGGCCAUCGACACCAUCAGUAACUUGGAUAAAGAGUCCAAACAACUGCUUCUGGAGAAGGAAGAGCUGUUGGGAAAACAAAAGGUCUUGUUGGAGAAGAUUUCACUGCUAUCCGAAAUCGCCUGA